AUGUCCACCACGCACAUCGACCUCUCCAGCCUGGAAGCCGAUCCCCGCCUCUUCCUCUACACCUCCCUGACCGCCGGCAGCAGCCACAUCAUCACCGCCACUUCCCGCCUCGAAACGAUCCUCAAAGCCAACAAGAUCCCCUUCCAAGCCAUCGACACGGCGACGGAUGAGAAAGCGCGACGGUUGUGGCAGAGGCGGGCGAGUGGGAAGAAGUUGCCGGGGUUGGUGAAGGAGGGGUUCGUUGUUGGUGAUCUAGAGGAUAUCGAAGAAUGGAACGAAUUCGGGGAACUGAAGGAGAAGGUCGGACCCGUGCCUGCCAAUAAUGCUGCACCGCCGGGUGGACAGGUGGGAGUCAACAUCGCACCUCCUCUACCCAUCAAUCCCACCGCUACGGCCGGGACCGCGAAGCUCAGUCAGCCGCCGUCACCCACCGGCGUGAAGAAAUCCCCUGCUCCAGUGCUAGACGAUAGCAAACAACGACCUAUACCUAUACCCCUCCCAGCCGCAGCAGAGAUGGCGGCACGAAACAGCAAGACCGUUCCUACAUCUACUCCUGCCUCUGAACCCGCAGCGAAAGAUGGAGUGAUGAAAUCGCAGCAAGGACAUAGGAAUAUCGAGCACCUCUCCGCCCCGGCUUCGAGGUUGCAUUCAGGGACUGCUACCCCUGCUGAGGCGGAGGGUGAGAGGGAGGAAGAGGAGGAGGUGAAAGGGGCCAAGACCGGGGCCGAGACCGGGGCCGAGACUACAACCGCGACGAGUGAGUCAAAAGACAGCAAGGUCACGGUCAAGCCCGUGGAGGAAGAGACGAAGGAGAUGACCAGUAAGAGCGUCGAGCCCGUUCAGAGUCACGAGGCGGAAAAGACGCAGCAGCAGAGUGCCAAGGACGGGGAGGAAGCGACUAAGAGCGUGGAAGACUGA